CACCCUACCCUUCGUCUCUUGAUUGCUCUUCCAUCUAUCUGACUUCUCACCAGAUCCCGAUCUUGACUUCUCUGGCAUUUUCAUCUGUCGAUUGCUCCUUUCUACUCAUCUUCUCCAUCUGAUUUUUCCAUCCUUUUUCCCUUUUUCUGAUUUUGCAUAUCCCUCUGCCAAUUGCUCUCUCUACCCAUCUUCCAUCUGUCGCACUUUUCACCAGCCGCACCUUUUUCUUCACUUUUCCGGAUCCUCAUCCUCCUCAUCCCAGAUCCAGUGGGGUGGCCUCCAAUCUUCAAUGGUUUUCUUCCUGUUCAUCAAUCUGCAUGCAAUCUUCUCUACUUUGUCUUUCAAGCUGGAGCAAGCCAAGGUCACAUUUCUGCUGUUCCGUUGCCUAUUCUACUUGUUACCAGGUAAUCUUCAAGGAAUUAUAGUUAUAUAAAUUACAUGUAGAUUCUCUCGGUUGUUGUUUUCUAAUUGGGUAACGUAGCUUUUGUGGAAAAUACAAAGAAGGGUUGUACGUUGAUUAGGAUGUUUAAAGAUGUUUGUCUCUCCGGUGAAUGGUUUCCCUCAUGUAAUGGAAUUAUGGAGCAGAUAAGGCUUUAACAUAAGAAUAUUGAACAUUGGUUGGUUUCAAGAAAAAAAAAGAAGUUAAAGAAUGUUGAACAUUGGUUCUUUGCAUUUUGGUGGUCAGCAUCGUGAGCAUGGAAAGCAUCCUCUGGAGCAGGAUGUCCAUUGAUACUGAUUUAGUUUUUGGUUCGUCUCUCUCUUCGGUUCAUGAUUGUUAUAUUACAACUUCAAAAUAGAAGUAGGUAUAUUUUUACUACUACAACCAGCCAUUCAGUAAAUGUAGCUUACUGCCCAUUUUCCACUGUGCAGGGGGUGUGCGAGUUCACAAUUCUAGGAUAUGGAAUGUGAAUGUCUUUAAUCUUUUUUAACCUGUCCUGUUUGAUUCCCUUCAUGGUGUGCUUGAUUGUGUGACUCCAAAGUAUGCUGCUCUUAUUUUAUUUUCAGCUUCCUACUUAGAAAAAAAGAAAGAAAAAAAAAAAGCUUUAAAUGAGGAGUCAAAAUGCCUGAACUAGUCUAUAGCUUUUCUCCUACUCAUUUAUGAUUUAGAUAAAAGUACGCAGAUUUU